GACCAGGAGAGCUCAGAGGUUCCCAGUGGUCAGUCUGCCCAGCAGCAUCAAACACACCUGGACUCCAUAUUUAUGCUGCUGGAGGAGAACAUCGUCACUUUUGUGAAGAACGAGCUGAAGAAGAUGCAGAAGGUUCUGAGUCCAGAUUACCCAGAAUGCUUAGAGAGUCAGAGGGAGGAUGAGGAGGUGUUGAACUGUGAGGAGGAAGAGCAGAGGAGGAAGAGCAGAGACGCAUUUCUGAAGAUCACAGUGCACUUCCUGAGGAGAAUGAAGCAGGAGGAGCUGGCUGAGUGUCUGCAGAGCAGAACUUGUGCUGUCAGAUGUCGACGUAAACUCAAGUCUAACCUGCAGAAGAAGUUCCAGUGUCUGUUUGAGGGGAUCGCUAAAGCAGGAAACCCAACCCUUCUGAAUGAGAUCUACACACCGCUCUACAUCACAGAGGGAGGGACUGCAGAGGUCAAUGAUGAACAUGAGGUCAGACAGAUUGAAACAGCAUCCAGGAAACCAGACAGACCAGAAACAACAAUCAGACAUGAAGACAUCUUUAAAGGCCCACCUGGAAGAGAUGAACCAAUCAGAACAGUGAUGACAAAGGGAGUGGCUGGCAUUGGGAAAACAGUCUUAACACAGAAGUUCACUCUGGACUGGGCUGAAGACAAAGCCAACCAGGACAUACACUUCACAUUUCCAUUCACUUUCAGAGAGCUGAAUGUGCUGAAAGAGAAAAAGUACAGCUUGGUGGAACUUGUUCAUCACUUCUUUACUGAAACCAAAGAAGCAGGAAUCUGCAGGUUUGAAGAGUUCCAGGUUGUGUUCAUCUUUGACGGUCUGGAUGAGUGUCGACUUCCUCUGGACUUCCACAACACUGAGAUCCUGACUGAUGUUACAGAGUCCACCUCAGUGGAUGUGCUGCUGACAAACCUCAUCAGGGGGAAACUGCUUCCCUCUGCUCGCCUCUGGAUAACCACACGACCUGCAGCAGCCAAUCAGAUCCCUCCUGAGUGUGUUGGCAUGGUGACAGAGAUCAGAGGGUUCACUGACCCACAGAAGGAGGAGUACUUCAGGAAGAGAUUCAGAGAUGAGAAGCAGGCCAGAACCAUCAUCUCCCACAUCAAGACAUCACGAAGCCUCCACAUCAUGUGCCACAUCCCAGUCUUCUGCUGGAUCACUGCUACAGUUCUGGAGGAUGUGUUGAAAAGCAGAGAGGGAGGAGAGCUGCCCAAGACCCUGACUGAGAUGUACAUCCACUUCCUGGUGCUUCAGACCAAACUGAAGAACAUCAAGUAUGAUGGAGGAGCUGAGACAGAUCCACACUGGAGUCCAGAGAGCAGGAAGAUGAUUGAGUCUCUGGGUAAACUGGCUUUUGAGCAGCUGCAGAAAGGCAACCUGAUCUUCUAUGAAUCAGACCUGACAGAGUGUGGCAUCGAUAUCAGAGCAGCCUCAGUGUACUCAGGAGUGUUCACAGAGGUCUUUAUAGAGGAGAGAGGGCUGUACCAGGACAAGGUGUUCUGCUUCAUUCAUCUGAGUGUUCAGGAGUUUCUGGCUGCUCUUCAUGUCCAUCUGACAUUCAUCAAGUCUGGAGUCAAUCUACUGGAAGAAGAACAAACAACAUCCAGGUGGUCUAAAGUCUUUAAAGACAAACCUGAACCAACAUGUUUCUACCAGAGUGCUGUGGACGAGGCCUUGAAGAGUCCAAAUGGACACUUGGACUUGUUCCUCCGCUUCCUCCUGGGUCUUUCACUGCAGACCAAUCAGACUCUCCUACAAGGUCUGCUGACACAGACAGGAAGUAGUUCACAGACCAAUCAGGAAACAGUUGAUUAUAUUGAGAAGAAACUCAGUGAGAAUGUGUCUGCGGAGAGAAGCAUCAAUCUGUUCCACUGUCUGAAUGAACUGAAUGAUCGUUCUCUAGAGGAGGAGAUCCAACAGUUUCUGAGAUCAGGAAGUCUCUCCACAGAGAAACUGUCUCCUGCUCAGUGGUCAGCUCUGGUCUUCAUCUUACGGUCAUCAGAAAAAGAUCUUGACGUGUUUGACCUGAAGGAAUACUCUGCUUCAGAGGAGGCUCUUCUGAGGCUGCUGCCAGUGGUCAAAGCCUCCAACAAAGCUCUACUGAAUGGCUGUAACCUCUCAGAGAGAAGCUGGGCAGCUCUGUCCUCAGUUCUCAGCUCCCAGUCCUCUAGUCUGAGAGAUCUGGACCUGAGUAACAACAACCUGCAGGAUUCAGGAGUCAAGCAGCUUUCUGCUGGACUGGAGAGUCCACACUGUACACUGGAAACUCUCAGACUAACUGACUGUGACCUCUCAGAGAGAACCUGUGCAGCUCUGUCCUCAGUUCUCAGCUCCCAGUCCUCUAGUCUGAGAGAUCUGGACCUGAGUAACAACAACCUGCAGGAUUCAGGAGUGAAGCAGCUUUCUGCUGGACUGGAGAGUCCACACUGUACACUGGAAACUCUCAGGCUGCAGCCUGCUGGAGUCCGAUGGUUGACACCAGGUCUGAGGAAGUAUUCCUGUGAACUGGAACUGGAUCCAAACACAGUGAACACAAACCUCAAACUGUCUGAUAACAACAGGAAGAUGACAUGUGUGAAGGAGGAUCAGUCAUAUCCUGAUCAUCCAGAUAGAUUCUAUGACUGGCCUCAGCUGCUGUGUAGAAAUGAUCUGACUGGUCGCUGUUACUGGGAGGUCGAGUGGAGCGGAAGCGUUUAUAUAUCAGUGAGUUACAGAAGAAUCAGCAGGAGAGGAGAAAUUGAAGACUGUGUGUUUGGAAGGAACGAUCAGUCCUGGUGUCUGCACUGCUCUGAUGAUGAUGGUUACUCUGUCUGGCACAAUAACAGACUAACAUUCAUCUCCUCCUCCUCCUCCUCCUCCUCCUCCUCCUCCUCCUCCUCCUCCGUCUCUAACAGAGUAGCAGUGUAUGUGGACUGUCCUGCUGGCACUCUGUCCUUCUACAGAGUCUCCUCUGACACACUGAUCCACCUCCACACCUUCAACACCACAUUCACUGAACCUCUGUAUGCUGGGUUUGGGUUCUUUUCCAAUUCCUCAGUCUCUCUGUGUCCUCUGUAG